UGAACUGCCUCAUUCCCACAUUAGAGACUAGUCAAAAAAAGCCUCUAAUACCCAAACCUCAUAGCCAUAAAACCCGUUGUCACCCUCAUCCAAAAGCCAAACAUUCAAAACACAAAAACCUCGAAUAGACCAAAAAAAUGGAAAUCAACACAGAAAUGGAAAAAUCCCAAAUGGACUCAGUUGUUGCAGAGCUCGAAGGUGUUCUUCUCAAGGACCCUGACCCUUUUUCCUACUUCAUGUUAGUUGCCUUCGAGGCCUCGGGUUUGAUUAGGUUUGCGUUGUUGUUAAUGUUAUGGCCAUUGAUUUGCUUGCUGAACGUGAUGGGGUUGGAGAAUGUGAGCUUCAAUCUCAUGAUCUUUGUUGCAUUCGUGGGUGUACGUGAAUCCGAGAUUGAAUCAGUGGCUAGAGCGGUCUUGACAAAGUUUUACAUGGAUGAUAUAGAUAUGGAGGCGUGGAAAGUGUUUAGCUCGUAUGAUAGGAGAGUUGUGGUGACUAAGACACCAAGGGUUAUGGUGGAGAGGUUUGUGAAGGAGCAUUUGCGAGCUGAUGAGGUCAUUGGAAGUGAACUUGUUGUGAACCGCUUUGGGUUUGCCACAGGGUUCGUGAAGAAGGAUAUUCGUUCUAUCUCUGAUAGGGUGGCAAAGCUGUUUGUGGAUGAAACACCAAGUUUGGGAUUAGGAAGGCCUGCAUCUACUGGUUCUUCGUUCAUGUCACUAUGCAAGGAACAAAUGUACACACCAUUUAUCACCAACAAAAAGCAUGACCACCAGCCCCUCUUCCCCCUAGCCCCAGUGAUCUUCCAUGAUGGCCGCCUAGUAAAGCGGCCAACACCAUCCACAGCACUCUUGAUCCUCCUAUGGAUGCCUUUUGGCAUCUUACUUGCAAUAAGCCGCAUUAGUUUGGGACUAAUGCUACCAAUAAGGGCAGCUCCCUACUUGUCUAAAAUAUUUGGUGGCAAGGUUAUUGUCAAGGGCAAACCACCCCCACCUGUGUCAAGUGGCAACCCUGGGGUACUAUUUGUGUGCACUCACCGAACCCUAAUGGACCCUGUUGUCCUCUCCACAGUACUUGGUCGUAGAACCCCAGCUGUAACAUACUCCAUUUCUCGAUUAUCAGAAAUGAUUUCACCAAUCCCGACUGUUAGAUUGACACGUAGCCGCGAAGUUGACUCGGAGAAAAUCAAGCAAGAAUUAGCCAGAGGGGACCUAGUGGUUUGUCCUGAAGGAACAACAUGUAGGGAACCUUUUCUUUUAAGGUUUAGUGCUCUAUUUGCUGAAUUAACUGAUCGAAUUGUGCCGGUGGCAAUGAAUUAUCGUGUUGCUUUCUUCCAUGCUACCACAGCUAGGGGUUGGAAAGGGUUGGACCCCAUUUUCUUCUUCAUGAAUCCUAGGCCAAUCUAUGAGGUCACGUUCUUGAACCAAUUACCAGUGGAAGCAACAUGUUCAUCUGGGAAAAAUCCACAUGAUGUUGCAAACUAUGUGCAAAGGAUAUUGGCUGCUACGUUGGGGUUUGAGUGCACAAACUUUACUAGGAAGGACAAGUACAGGGUUUUGGCUGGAAAUGAUGGAAGUGUGUCAUAUAUCUCGUUCGUUGAUCAGAUUAAGAAGGUGGUGAGCACUUUCAAGCCGUUUAUUCACUAAGAUAAUAUGAGAAUAAAAUCGACCCCAUUAUUUGCUGAUUUAUUUCUCUUUGUGAAUUGUGGUAUUUUCGUUGAUUUUGUAAAUGGGGUGGGCUUGUAUUUAUUCUUUCUUUUUCUUUUUCUUUUUUAAUAAUCCUUUUUUGGUGGAUUGUUGUUUCUAGAAUUGUUGAAUAAUGUAUGAGGUUGACCAAUGUUGGUCAGUUGCAAGUUGAA